UAAAACCUUGAGACAAGAGGAUGCUCCUCUCUCAAACCCACUGCCAUCUCAGUGGUGGAAAUGGUGGAGUUGGGGUGGGUCAACUUUGAGGUGACAUUGACGCUAUGUAGAUGAGAGUGAGGAUCCUGUGCUCCAUGUUACGUCCCAGCUCGCUUCAACUCAGACGGCGGCAGCUCUUUUCCCCAUCUUCUCUCCCCUCCUCUCUUUCAGCACCUCUCCUUUAAGGACAGCACCUCGCACUCAAAGACGCAUUUCUUCACCAUCUUCCCCUCUUCAGGAUCAUAUAUCUGCUCACUGCCGUCGGAAGAAAACUUUUUCACCUUGGUUUUACCCACUGCAACAAAAGAACUCUUUGGAUUGUCCAUUGAAGGAAACUAUAAUUCCCAGAAGCUCGUUUUACUGAUCCCUGGACCGUCGUCAAGGUGCCUCUGCUACUGUUCCCAUUCUUUCACAGAACGCGAAUUAUUUCUCCUCAAUCAGCUAUUCGCUGUGGACUUGAAUUACGGGACGGAUAAGCAUUUGUCUAUUUGGACCCGUGCCGAAACCCCCAACCUCCCAACACUGAUCAGGACUAUCCGAAACACACCUUGGCCAUGGCUACUAACGGGACCAAAGCCUCGGACGGACACGUCUUGACGGAGACGGUGAAUGACGCGCCCAGCACCACGCCAAAUGAUAAACCCAAAACAUUGGUGGUUAAGGUGCAGAAGACGAAAAAAGACCUACCCGAGAGAGAAACAUGGGGUGGAAAAUUUGACUUUCUCCUCUCUUGUGUCGGAUACGCGAUCGGACUCGGGAAUGUCUGGAGAUUUCCUUACUUAUGUGGAAAAAACGGCGGAGGGGCCUUCUUGAUUCCCUACUUUUUGACGCUUAUAUUUGCUGGCAUGCCCCUGUUCUUUCUUGAGACGGCUCUCGGUCAAUACACUUCUAUUGGGGGUCUUGGAGUGUGGAAGCUGGCCCCGAUGUUCAAAGGUGUGGGUCUGGCUGCUGCUGUUCUGUCAUUUUGGCUCAAUAUCUAUUAUAUUGUAAUCAUUUCCUGGGCCAUUUACUAUCUGUACAACUCCUUCACCACUGAUCUGCCAUGGCAGACUUGUGGCAAUGCUUGGAACACAGAACGCUGCUACACCAACUACAGCAUCGCGGACAACCGAAACCUCACCAGUGCUGUAGUGGAGUUCUGGGAACGUAAUAUGCACCAGCUGACUGAUGGUCUGGAGAAGCCCGGGGAGGUCAGGAUCCCACUGGCUAUCACACUCGCAAUCGCAUGGGUACUCGUCUAUUUCUGCAUCUGGAAGGGGGUCAGCUGGACUGGCAAAGUGGUGUACUUCUCAGCUACAUACCCUUACUUCAUGCUGUUCAUCCUAUUUUGCCGCGGCAUCAGUCUACCUGGUGCCUUUGAUGGAAUUCUCUUCUAUAUCACACCAGACUUUGAAAAACUUAAGCAGUCGGAGGUGUGGCUUGAUGCUGCCACACAGAUCUUCUUUUCCUAUGGACUGGGAUUAGGCUCUUUAAUAGCUCUCGGUAGCUACAAUACCUUCCAUAACAAUGUGUACAGAGAUUCUAUCAUUGUCUGCUGCAUCAACUCCUUCACCAGUAUGUUUGCAGGCUUUGUCAUCUUCUCCAUUGUGGGAUUCAUGGCCAAUGUAACAAAGAGACCCAUUGCUGAUGUGGCAGCCUCAGGACCUGGUCUGGCAUUUUUGGCGUAUCCUGAGGCCGUCACUCAGCUGCCCAUCUCUCCCCUCUGGGCGAUACUCUUUUUCUCCAUGCUGCUGAUGCUGGGAAUUGACAGCCAGUUUUGCACUGUGGAAGGCUUCAUCACUGCACUGGUUGAUGAAUUUCCUUUGGUCCUCCGAAAGCGUCGAGAGAUCUUCAUUGCUGUUGUCUGCUUUGUUUCUUAUCUGAUCGGCCUGUCCAAUAUUACACAGGGUGGACUAUAUGUGUUUAAGCUAUUUGACUACUACUCUGCCAGUGGGAUGUCCCUGCUCUUCCUAGUCUUCUUUGAGUGUAUAUCAAUUUCAUGGUUCUAUGGUGUGAACAAAUUCUAUGAUAAUAUCGAGGAAAUGGUUGGCUACAGGCCCUGUCUGUGGUGGAAGGCCUGCUGGGUCGUUUUCACUCCUCUCAUUGUGGCUGGCGUCUUCUUGUUCAGCGCAGUGCAGAUGGUUCCCCUCACCAUGGGCGAUUAUGUGUUCCCAGGCUGGGGUCAGGGGGUUGGCUGGUGCAUGGCCCUGUCCUCAAUGAUUCUCAUCCCAGGCUACAUGGGAUAUAUGUUCCUCACACUCAAAGGCACAUACAAAGAGCGUCUGCGGAUAAUGAUCAAGCCUUUGACUCUAGUGAAGGCUCAGGAGAAUGGUCCGGACCAGCAAAUGGAAAACCAGAAUCAAAACCAGGCCAAUGAGGAAGCUUACAUCUAAAAGGCUUUGCCUGUCUUUCUAAUUCAACGGCCAGACCGACUCUCCAUCGUAAUCAAGGUUGGGAACAACCACUAGACUUUCAUGUCUGCUUUUAUUCACCUACCUCCUGGGGACACGUGAAACCAACCUGAUUACAGUUAUUUUUAGGGGUUUUCUGUUUGCUUAUUUGUACAAUACAGAGUUAUAAAACCUAUGAGGAAAAACAAACUACCCAGCAAAGUUGUUGUGAUAUUAUGAAUUUCAUUAUGCAAAACAAUUAGUCUUUUUAGAGGAGAAAAUGUUACUUAGAAAAUUACUGUACAUUGAAUAUAUAUAAUUUAAAUCUGGAGGCCCUCAUUGAUUCAAUAGUAUUGUGCUUUUGCGAUAUUAAUUAAUCUACUAAACUGAAAUUAUUGUACAAAGAAAAAUAUCAGUCAAAUGUAUUUUGUUUGUACAUUAAAUACGAAUAUUAAAAUGAAAGCAUAGUUGUAGGUGAAAAAAAAGUUGAAAGUUUGUAAAGUGAAAAUGGAAAAACUACCAACUUAAAGCAAAGACAAUAUGGGAAUGUGCAACAGGUAAGGCCAAAUCUGCUCAUAUGUGUAAACCAUAAUUUAGAGCGACUAUCACUUCUUUGCAGAAACCUGCACUCCACCUGAAAUGUUUACCACCCAAGUCUGGGGCUACAUUAGAAAAGCACAAGUACAGCUUGGAAUUUGGAAGAGUCCAACUUCUUUACGGCAUGACUGAAACCUGUGACAACAGCAAAAAUAAUUUAUAUAGUAUAGCAAGAGACUGUUAUAACUGUUUCUUUGUUUUCUAAAGAACAAUAACUUUAUAUGUUGUCUGAAUCUUUUUUGUAGUCAUUUCUAGGCCAUUUUCUAUAUGUAAGAGUGAGGAGGACCAAAAUGAAGCUGUAGUUUGAACAGCUGGUGGAGACAUCUGACCUGCUGUCUAUAUAUGGUUUAAGUCAAGCACCCCUUUCGAAGCAGUACAGCGGUAGGGUUGAGAAUCCACCUACAAGCACAAACUGAAUCUGUGAACCACCACCUCUAAUGGAUAAAAAGGUAUAGCCAUUAAAGAAUCCCACAUUUGCACUGUUCACUCUAAAAUUCAGAUUUAAGAGUAGUUAGAUUUUUAUGUAACAGGUAACCAAUGAAGUGGAAAGAAGGCGUUGUGUUGCAAUCGACCCAAUGCUCAUGAAUAUUUGUUUUGUUUUUUAAAAUCAGGACAGUGAAUAAGCUGCCAUGGCUGCUGUGCUGCGUUGAAAGUAAUGAGGCGAAUUUCUAUGAUAGCUACAACUAUUCUGACUGGAUUUGUUUACUUAUAUAUCUACUUAGUAAUGCACUCCUCAGGAACAAAGGUGGACGUGACCAAAUUGUCUCAGAUACUACCCUACUACAAUGAUUCAAUAAAUGAAGAAUUUGAACACUGAAACUAGAAGAUUAUACCAUUUUUGUUGCCCAUGAAUCGAACAGGAAGACAGACUUUAAAGAAAGUUUAAAGACUGUAUUGCACGCACAUUAGAACAUUCGAAGACUGAUCCAAAUGUUGCUCUUUUCUUUGUGAUGUCUGGUCUGCUGGUAUAUAUUAUUUGUUUUGGUCCUCAUAAGUAGAAGCUAUACUGUUUUCCUACUUUGUGGCUAGAAUAGAUUACCAGUAGAUGUGUCGGGAUGAAAAAGUUUGGUUCAGUCCAAGAACAAAGGCAGCAAAGCACUGUUGGCAUGACGGUAUGGAUACACCUUAACACAACAUGAACCACAACUUUAAAAGUGAAAAUGAAAAGCUAAAAUGAAUAUUAAGUUAGCACCAUAAACAUAAACAAGUCGAUGCUGAUGUUGUGAAAGACCACAGAUAUCACAAGAAACGAGGAUCCAGAGAAUUUGCUUCUGUGGCAGCUACAUGCGACCGGAAUCAGGUUUAAUCAGUCCCGCUGAGUGUUUUAAUUAGUUUUUUUUUUUUUUAAGAUCUGUGAAUUCACAUGUGCAAUGACUAAAAGGGUUCCAUGAUUUUGUACAAAGUUACCAUACUACAGUUUCUCUCUGGAAUGAUGUUGUAAACUGGACUGUGUAAUUCAUGUAUCUGUGAAUGUCUGUACAACCUGAGUUUUCUUUUCAUUUGUCUUAAUGUUGAACAAAAAAUGUGAUAUUAUUUGCUGUUUUCUGCAAUAAUACUAUCUCAGAAACUAAAGGCACAUAUCUCAACUGUAAAAUUUAUAAUAAAAAUAACAGAUUAGAGUAAUAAUAAAGAUUAUAUAAUAAUGAUAAUGUAAUAGAAAUGUCUAGUCAGAGAAUAUUGUUUUGUAUAUUUCUAGCUGUUUCAUGGGCCUAAUGUAAAAUAUAUUCUAUGUUAAAAUAUAAUAAAUGUCUCUAGAUGGUGUUAUAUGAAAAAGCAUGAUUGCCAUAUAUGUUAUCUGCAAAAAAUAAAUAAAGAUCUAUAGAUUAUA